AGGUGCUGAAUGUGCGGCACGGAAGCGGCCGGCAGGUAAACAGCGGCCCGUCCUGGAGGCGUUAUGGCGGCGGGGGGGCUGGCGGGGCUGCUGCCCGCCCAGACCCAGCUGGAGUACGCCCUGCUCGACGCCGAUACUCCCCAGGAGAAGGAGAACUUGGUCUACCAGUACCUGAAGAAGAUGGACGGCCGAGAGCGGGACCUGACGGUGCCCGAGCUCGGCGCAGAUCUACAAUGGUUAAACACUGAAGGUCCUAUUUCUCUUCACAAAGACCUUUGUGGAAAAGUUGUGGUGUUGGAUUUCUUUACUUACUGCUGCAUCAAUUGCUUGCACCUGCUGCCUGAUCUCCACGCAUUAGAGCACCAGUACUCUGAUAAAGAUGGUCUUAUUAUUGUUGGUGUCCAUUCAGCGAAAUUCCCAAAUGAAAAAGUCCUGGAUAACAUUAAAAGUGCUGUUCUAAGGUAUAAUAUUGUCCACCCUGUAGUAAAUGAUGCAGAUGCAACCCUGUGGCAUGAACUAGAAGUGUCCUGUUGGCCAACUCUGGUCAUUCUCGGGCCUCGUAGAAAUAUGUUGUUUUCACUUGUUGGAGAGGGACACAGAGAGAAGUUAUUUUUAUUUACUUCUAUAACACUGAAAUUCUACAAGGAGAGAGGACAAAUCAAAGAUAACAACAUUGGAAUAAAGCUAUACAGAGAUUCCCUCCCACCUUCUCCCCUGCUGUUUCCUGGUAAAGUCACCGUAGAUAAUUCAGGAGAAAGGCUGGUAAUAGCAGACACUGGACAUCAUAGGAUUUUGGUUACUCGAAAAAAUGGACAAAUUCUACACACUAUUGGAGGUCCAAACAGUGGAAGGAGAGAUGGAAGAUUUUCAGAGGCAGCUUUCAACUCACCACAAGGAAUUGCUAUAAAAAAUAAUGUUAUUUAUGUAGCUGAUACAGAAAAUCACCUAAUUAGAAAGAUUGAUCUGGAAUUAGAGGUGGUGACCACUGUAGCAGGUGUCGGGGUACAAGGUGUUGAUAAGGAAGGUGGAGCAAAAGGAGAAGAACAGCCUAUUAGCUCUCCGUGGGAUGUGGUCUUCGGAAAUUCAAUUUCAGGGCCCCAGGAAGAUGAUGUUUUAUGGAUAGCAAUGGCAGGCACUCAUCAGGUAUGGGCACUCAUGUUGGAAGGUGGAAAACUACCAAAGGGAAGUGAUUUAAAGAAAGGAGUCUGCCUUCGAUUCGCUGGGAGUGGAAAUGAAGAGAACAGAAACAAUGCAUACCCACAUAAGGCAGGCUUUGCACAGCCUUCAGGUCUCUCUCUGGCUUCUGAGGAACCAUGGAAUUGCCUUUUCGUAGCAGAUAGCGAGAGCAGCACUGUGCGAACCAUCUCUCUGAAAGACGGAGCAGUGAAGCACCUUGUAGGAGGAGAGAGAGAUCCAUUGAAUUUGUUUGCCUUUGGUGAUGUGGAUGGAGCAGGCAUCAAUGCAAAGCUGCAGCAUCCCUUAGGAGUAGCAUGGGACAAGAAGAGAAAACUGCUCUAUGUGGCAGAUUCCUAUAAUCAUAAGAUUAAAGUUGUAGAUCCCAAGAUGAAGAACUGUGCUACCCUGGCAGGCACAGGAGAAGCAAGCAAUGUUAUUGGCUCCAGCUUUGCACAGUCAACUUUUAAUGAACCGGGAGGUUUGUGUGUUGAAGAAAAUGGCCGCUUGAUGUAUGUUGCAGACACAAACAAUCAUCAGAUUAAAGUGCUGGAUUUCGAAACAAAAAUUCUUUCCAUGUUGCCUAUCCUGAAUCCAGAAGCAUGCGAUGUUCCAGAUAACCUGCCUGAGCAAAAGGAUAAGAUAAAAAACCUUCCAAAACUACCUAAAUCUGCACCAAAUGUUCAACUUCCUUCAUUAACUGUAGCUCCUGGCCAGACAAUUCAGUUUUUGCUAAAGUUGACACUCCCUCCAGAUUCAAAACUGAAUGAAGAAGCACCCAAUUCCUGGUUUAUCACAGCAGAAGAUAAUACAUGGUUGCUUCAAGGACAGUGUGUGUCUGGAGAAAUAAAAGAUGUUUCCUGUCAAACUAUCAUUCCCUUUCAGCUACCCAGGAGCUGUCUGUCAGCUGAAGCUAUUCUGGCUAUCAAAGCGUGCCUCUACUAUUGCAGCAAAGGUAGCAGUGCCUGUAUGAUGAAAGGAAUCUCAUUCAGUCAGCCUUUACAGGUGGCUACUACAGACCAAGGCAACUUGACUCAAGUUGAACUGAUACACACGUUUUAAUGAGCUAACCCAAAGCCAGCUAAUUUCGUACUUUAUUUUACUAUCCACCAUUUCUGUAAAAGAAAAUAUUAAUAGAUGGCUUUUAUCUGUUUUUAAUUUUCCUUGAGCUUAUGACAAAGCUAAGAAAUAAUAUACUUGGUAAAAUGAAGUAGAGUUCCCUACAGCUUAACAUGAAAAUUUAUCAUCACAACCUCAUUUCUUUUCAUUACAGUAACAGCAAUAAUACUGUAAUACUCUAGACUCUGUUGCCAAUUGUGAAUAUAUUGGAUGUAUGCCAUUCUAAGCAAUGAGCAACAAUUUUUAGAGUCCUUAUGAAAGAGCUGGUGUUACUUUGUAAUGUUACUGUAAGAAGUUUUUUGCACUGUACAUACUGUUAGAGUAGCUGGAUCAGUUUGGACUAACAAAUUCCUUUUGUGCCCCUAUUGAAUUUUAUUAGAAUGUCAAAACAAAUAGUUUCUUCAGGCUGUAAAAGAAGUAUCUUGCUUAAUUUUCUGUAAUGGCAUUUAUGACACGUGUAUUUUGAAAGUACAUCUUAAACUAGGUGUAGCUCUAAUUUUACACAAACUGAGUGUUUUGCUUAACUAGAUAUGACUGCCUUGUAUGAAAAGCAUAAUUUAAUGAAAAAAUUUCUGUGAAAGGAAACAUUCAAGUUCCUCUGGAAGAAUUUAUUGCUGAUUUCUAACAAAGAAUGUGCCUCUGUGUGUGUGUGUCUAUAUAUAUAUAUAUAUAUAUAUGAAGAAAGAAAACCACAAAACCAUGCUGGAGUUUUUCUGAUGCAUACCAAUUUACGUUUUUAUAUUAAGUGGUAGAUAAUGGUUGAAUAUCUAAACUGCAAAAAUGAGAUGUCAGCCAUUUUGAGCAUAGUGAAUCACUUUCCAGCUUCUAUGAUUUCUCUGUAAAGACUUGUCUGAAGACUUCUGUCUUGCAAACACAUAAUAUUAAGAAGAAUAUUAUACUCCUGAAGUCUGAUUUGGAGUCUUUUGAAGUCACUGUUAGCCCCUGAUUUAUAAUAGUGGCUACUCAACCAGAACUGUAUAUUUAAUAAUAAUUAAUUUACAUUCAUAUUUAGAGGUUCUGAGCUUUUGCUAGAAAACUGAUAACCCGAUGUUUGAGUAAGGUGCUUUAAAACUGUAUUACAAAACUCUGCCCUAGGUAUUUAAGUGUUUUGCAAGUAAAAUUCCUUCAAUUUGUCAUAGGAAGUAGCAGGAAUACAGGAGGGGGUUCAAGUUUUUGCUUGAACUGGAAGAGUUUCCACAGUGCUUAAGUGGUAAUUGGAUUAGACUUCAUGCUCUGGUUAUGAGGAUCAGUUCUGAGAAGAUGAUUUUGUUUUAAGUUCGAAGUUAGUAUUUUUACAUAUAUUAUAAAGUACAGUAGUGAAAUAAUCUUUAUGUAAUCUUUUCUAAAACAAUCACCAUUGUUCCUGACACCUAUCAGUAAAUCCCCAGUAUGAUUUGGUUUUGUUCUUUCUUACUUAAAGGCUCACUGAAAUGUUGGUCAUGAACCCUAGAGGCUUUUGUUUCAAGAGAACCAUAUGGACUGGUGUGUUUUUUCCUUCCAUUGAAAUGCCAGUCUAUGUGCGAGUUCUCUGUAGUACCAGAAAUGGUUAUUAUCUCACCUGUCAGCAAGGCAAGUGCUGUGCUAUUAUUUUUCUUGUGUUUGUUUUUUAAGGAACUUUUCUAACGCGGUGCUUCAGCUCCUUUGGGUAAGCCUUUCAAUUCUCACAUGCCAUUUUGAAGUAGGAGAAAGCUUUGCUACUUUGUUCACAGAUUGCAAAUGCUAUUGGAAGGUAAAGAAACUGAUUUGGGCAUUUAUCAUUUUUUACACUUUAGUGCAACUCAGUCUUUCAGAAUUUUUUGUUUGUUUCUUUAGCUUUGGAUAGUAGCCAGGAAACCUUAGAUCAGCUUCCAGCAAGCUCACAAAUUUUCUGUUGCUUACUGCAAAAAAACAAGCAUUAGUUUAAGAAGUUCAGAAUAAUGAAACAAACUGUUACAGUUUUCUUGAACAUAUAAUUCAGCAGAUAGAAUUUUUUUUCUCUCAUUUUCAGCUAGAAUGACACUAUAUUUGUGUAUUUCAAUCAGAUGUGAUCAUAAAAUUCUGCCUGUAUUCUAGUAUUCGAAAAAAAAAAAGUCAACAAAUCUUUUUUCUUAUUGAAAGAGUAUGUAAUAUUUAAAUAUAGUAUUGUAGAUGUGUUUUCUAUCUAAAUGUACAUAUAUAAAUGUGUGUUAAAGUGUCAUAUCCUUUUUGUUUUCUAGUUUUGACUUUUAGUCACUGUAUCUAGGCACACUCAGAACAACUAUAAGCUUAUUGGGAAAGGGUGAUAGUAGGUAGUAGGAAAAGUGUUGCAUAAGCAUCAAGCUGAAGUCCAGGAUCAAACUGUAAAGGACCUUUAAAUAAUUAUUUGUAGCCAAAUGCUAAAGAAUUGUAUUUCAAGGAAACCAGUUUCAGCCUUACUAAGAGAGAGCAGGAAUAUAUCUGUUUGAACCAGUUUUUCCUUUAGCUUUUAUUUUAAGCCCAUGUCUUGCAGCAGAUGACUGAAUUUUAUGUAAACUAGGGGAGUGGGGGUUAGUAUAUUAUAUCUGUGCUACUACUAUUCUUUCUACAAAGCCUCAGAGCAUUCCUUGCUUCUGCAUUGUAAUGGCUCUAUGCCAAAGGAGAGACAGAAUUUGUGAAACCACCUCAAAAAGACACACAACCCACCAUUCACAAAGAAAAGCUGUGUAUCUCAAAAUGCUUUGCUCUUGCAUCCGGUAGGUCCUCAAACCUUUAGUCAGUAACCCUUUUAGUUUUCAGUGAAGAGCUGCCUUUCCUGACUCAUCUUAGUGGGUUUCACACAGGGACACUGCUCUAAUUGUUCUCCUUCAUCAUCUUCUAUUCUAUCUAUCUAUCAGCUGAUUCCAGUUGUGCCCCAGCUCUCGCUGAUGAGGUUACUGGGGUUGUUCUGCUCCUCGCUCAGUCUGUGUCUUCACUGUGAUGGGCCUUUUGUCAUAUAGCCAAACACCUAGCUCUUGUUUGUCCAAGGAAUAGCAUACACAUUUCCAGGGUCGCUCCUGUUUCACUUGUGGUAUACAGACAUUUGAAUGUUCUAUAAUUAGAAAAAAAUGUUUCUUAAAAGCUUAUGAUGUUUAGGGGUACUAUUUCCUUUGCUUCCUCCAGGGUUUACAAGAUGCUUUUACGGUAUAGCAACAAGUACCAUAAAUGUACCAAGACAGACAAACAGAAUAUCAUGUACAAGUUACAGAAAUUUAUUUCAGUUGAGUACCAGAAAGCAUCUUCAAAAUACGAUUCAGAAAAAUAGAAAAUGUUACUGCUCUGCUAAAUACUGAAAAAUCAGAUAUAUUGAUGACUGCUUUUUGUAUCUUACUGUAAAAGUAUGUAAUUCAAGGCCUUUUCAAAACAUGUCUUUCUACUGAUUUUAAUAAGUUUUGCAUCAGACCUUAAUAAAGUAAUAAGUUACUGUAGCAAAUCUCAAAAGAAUAUUGGUCAUGGUUCUAUUGUAUAAUGGAAAUAAGUUCAGUGGCAUUUGCAGUUUUUAGUUGUAGUGUUUGCUUUUCUGGAACAGCUUUUGGUUUUGAAUAAAUAUAUUAAUAGUUCCAUGAGAGUUUUUAGAUAUUUUAUUUAAUUAGACUAGGAAAAAGAUAAUGUGGUUUCAAAGAGGGAGCGUAAUAUAUUUUGACAGCUUUUUCAUGUUCUAUGAAUUCAGUAGUAUCUUUCUGUAGUUUGUGCCCUUCUGUUGAAGGAAGAGUAGGGAUGCUGACUGUAUAAACCUGUUGAUGGGCACAUAUUUUUAUGCAUACAUUUUUAGUUGAUCUCUUUUUGUGUUAGAUUCUCACCUGUCAUUUAGGGCUUUUCUGCUGGACGUACUUCUUCAUAGUUCGUGUUUUGCCUCUCAUGUCUUCCACUUGUAGAGCAUUAUGUUUGUACAAUGCUGUGGUAAUGUCAUGAUAUACAAAGCAAGUACAGACCAGAUGGGUAAUAUAUGGGAAAGUAGUUUUAUAGCAUCAUGUAAAUGCCUUAUCUGCUUAGCCUUAGAAAAGUUGCAUAUGGCUUCCAGUACUUUGUAUGUAUUCUUAAUACACUUUUUUUAUUCCAGUGGACAAAUCUUGUAGCUUAAACCAUAGGUAAAACUAUUUUUUGUGAGAAUGUCAAGAAAAACAUAUUCCUUAUCUGUUGCUCAGAGGAGGGGAUGAUCAGAAUGAAGGGACUUUCCUUCUUGUGCAUGGGCUUGUCCUUCUGUUCCUUAUUAACUAUUUAUUUUAGCAGAGUUGUGUUAUUGACCACAGAUUCUCUUGAAUUUUUGAUUCCUAACAAGAUUUUCUGUGUAUAUGGAAGCUUUAAAUGUCUGACUUUGUAGAGUUAUGAGAGAUAUAUCUAGCUGAAAAUGGCUUAUGGUUUAGGAGACAGUAGUGGAGAUUUAUGUACAUUCUUAUGAUCUUUAGUUUUUAAAAAUCACUGUUAUUCAUUAAGACUUCAGAAACACAUUGCAGCUAAACUCCCACAGAAGUGUGUUCAUAAACUUUGUACUGCAGCUCAAAAGUAAGUUUUCUUGCUUGUAUAAUACGUGAGAGAUGCUGUGGCAUGUUGUGUGUAUGUGUCUUCCAGGCUGCAGUUGCGCUACCUGAGGAGAAGUUACCAUGCACAGCAGCUUAUCAACCACACACAGUAACUCUCCACUCAAAUCUGUCAGCUCAGUUGUUCAUAUAAUCAGUUAAAAUUACUGAUUCACAUUAGCAAAGAUUUAGUAUUUAGAAUUAAUCAUUAUAAUUUUAAUCAAAAUCAGAUGUCAGGGAUUAGAGGAGCUUUUCUGUCCCAAGCAGGGAAGGUGUAAAAAUGGUAACAGUUAGUUGGAGUUGUUGAAAAUGUGAGACCUAGUUAUUUUUUAAUUAAACCACCACAUCUGUCUUAGUAUUCUACAACAGAUCAUGAAUUUAGAAAUCGUAUUUCAAAUAUACGACAUUCCAUUAUGUUCAUAUAACCAAAUUUGACUACUGUCUUCCCUCAGAAGCAGCUGUUCUUGCAUUUUUACAGUUUUUGUACUAUCGUGUAAAAUCACAUACUCUCAUUAAGGAUUAGGAUUCAUUCUUGUUAAGGAUUCACCACAUCUAUGAUUGAGCUUCUGAGUUUAUCUUAGUUUCUUUGUCAUAAUAUUAUGGAGGAUUUUGGUUAGGUUUUUGGAUCUAUCUUUUCCUCCUGUAGUUUCCCCAAGAAGGAAAUGCAGCCAGUUUCUUGUUACCAUGGGGGGAUACAAGUAGGAUAAUUCCCUCCACCAGCUCCUUGCCCCUGUCCUGCUCUGGGGACAGGGAAGUAAACAGCAAGUGCAAUAGGGGUGUCCCAUAUACAGAUACCAUACCCGUCAGCUCACUCUGAAAGGGUGGAAAUGAGGUGAAGGUUUCAGGAUGAGUUAUAUACCAUGACACUGCUUCCUCGGUCUGCUUCUCUUUACAGCCUACAAAAUUAUGCUCUAUAAAGAAGGCAAGAAUUUUGGCCUUAUUAUUCCUGCAAAAAUCUCCAGUUAAUUGAUUCAUUAGUACUCUUUAUCUUCAGAUAACCUGGUAAUAAUUACUGGAAUCUAGGACUUCUCUGGACCUUCCCCCAUGCUUCUAGGUAGCAUUAGAAUAAGAUUAUGUCCUCAGGCCAACUUCCUCAAGCUUUACACUGAUGCAGCUAUUAUCAAAUUUUUACCUUUACCUCUGGCCCUGUUCAUUGAGGUCCUGAAGGUGUUUAUAGAUCUCCCAGAGCAUCCCAUAAAACUUGAGUAGCCUGUGGAGGGAUUUUGAUGGCUCCUAGUUUCAGGAAACUUUGAUACAAUAAAUCAGAUACUUCAGCUAUUAGGUGAUUUAAAAGAUACACCGGUUUGCUAUCUUGUUGCAGAUUGUGCUUAAUUAUUUUCAAAGGGUAACACGUUUUUGUCACAGCUGCAAAACUAGAAACCUUGGAUUUAAGUUGAGGAGUGUUUGUGCAGCUAUAAUUCCUUACUGCUUAGUGUACCUCAUUGUUGGUCCAUUGCUUUCAAGCAUACCAGAGAACUGUUUGUCCAAUUGCAGGCCCUAGGGCUAAGCAAAAGAAUUGCAAGUAUUUGUCAAGUCUUGCCUAGUUGCUUUGAAACAUCAACAAUUUUGAGGUAAGGAAAUCCCACUUGUAAAAAACUGUUCAGGAGUCUGCCUUCAUGUAAUGCUCUGUAUUCAGCAUGCCUCAGAAGAGCAAUACUCCACACUGUGUUUUUCCCCUUUUGAAUGAGUAUUUAGAAACCCAACUCAUCUGUCCAUUGUCAGGCUUCAAAGAAAGCAAGAUAACAGUUGCAAAUUUGAUUUUACAUUCAUGUUUUUUAAAAAUAAGAACUUGGUUUUCAAACUUUUCAUUAAACUUAAAUACUUGAUUUUGAACCAUACUGUCAAGGAAUCUGUCCUGAGAGUUGCCUAUAUCAGAUAACUGGCUUCCAGUUUUUAAAAAUUUAGAAUUGGUAGUAAAGGAACUAGAUUGCUAAAUGUUUUAAAUUUUGAAUAUUUAACCUCAAAACUGUCCGUUUUCACUUUUAAAGGAGAAUUAGUGGAAUUAAAACUUUCUCUUCUGUAAAUCAUUACUAUUAAUCAUUGUAUCAUUAAAACCUGUGAUGGAUCUAUGUGCUUUUAUAAAGAAAUUAAUAAAUAAAAAUAAGGUAGAUGUAAAACUGGUACUGGGUGAAAUCCAGGUGCUCCAAGGUUAGCGGCAAAUAUCUCUAGGGCCAGUAGUUCAGCCCAUUGUGACAGAAAUUCUGCAUUUUCAUUACGUCAUGAUGGCUGAAGGAAAAAAUCAGUGCCUUACAUAGCAAUACUUGAAAGUGUUUCUUUACAGAAAUGCUGGAGUACUGAUUGAAAUAAGGUAUUUGAGCUUCGUGGUUUGUAAGUUUCAGGGGUUUUUAAUUCUGCUAAAUCUACUAAUUCUGAAACUGAAGAGUUUUCAUUUUCUUUCAUGUUUUUUAAUUAAGUUAAAAUUAAGGUGCUUUUUGUUCAAGCUAUUCUUCUUAAGAAGUACUCUAAAGUGCUUUUUUUUCUCAGUCCUGUGAACUUACUUCUGAAACUGUUGUUACCUCUUUUGUAUACUUCAGAACAAUCUUGGCAGCGUGACGAAAUUGUGAUAUGAGUGAGAUGGAAGGCAAAACUAUCAUUGAUCUAAAAAGAAGAAGGUGAUGCUACUUGGUAUUUGAGAGGUGGAGAGUUGGUCUUUGUUACGGUGUUUUGUUUUGUUUUGUUUUCCUGUUCUUCAGAUCAGCCAGGAUUCUUUAAAUGGCAGAAGGUUGUGAGUAGAGGUGGCUAGGAAGGGUCAAGUUCUCUCACUGUGGAACCACAUAACUUCAUUUAGGUUAUGAUGUUGGGAUGUCAAAAAUCCUAGCAGUAUAAUGGUAGUGAAGAAAGUCACAUUUGAGCACUUAACACCUUAAUAAAUGUCUCCUAUGGUUUAAGGGUAAGGACAGGGACUUUUUUCUUCCUUGAGAACUUCAGUGUUGUUUUGUGAACACUGGAAUAUU